AUGGCUCGAACGAGUCGCCUACCGCUGCACAUCCCCACUUUGGCGUUGGCGGAUACGGUCCCCGCUUGGAAUCGCCAUCAAGCGUUGUUCCCCCCGGCGGAGGUAUCGCUGCAAAGCUACCCACGCGACUCGCACAGCAAUGUUCCCCCUUCGCUCAUCCCGCGGCUGUCGCCCACCCCCGUCCUCCCAUACACACCACAUCAUCCCCUUGAGCUACUCCGCACACACAUUGAGUCUCAUCUCUCUCCUGCUGGAAUCGAACCUGUCCUCCCACCCUCGCCCGUCGUCACGACGAAGCUCAACUUCGAUGACCUCGGUUUCCCGGCCGACCAUCCAGGCCGAGCCAAAUCGGAUACCUACUAUCUCAACAAGGAGACGUGCCUCCGCACCCACACCAGUGCGCACGAGGUGGCCACUUUUGCAAGCGGCAAGGAUAAGUGGCUCAUGACGGCCGACGUCUACAGGCGAGAUGAGAUAGAUGCGAGUCAUUACCCCGUCUUCCAUCAGAUGGAAGGGGCCUCAGUAUGGUCGGUGGACAAGGGCGAUGCAUUCGCUCCGGGAGGCGAGGUCGAGAAAGAGUGCGAGGCCAUGGAGCGUGACUUGGCACAAGCAUCCAUCGAGAUCGAGGACAAAGUAAGCCUCGACGAGGCGGGCGGGUGGCAGCCGUCGCAUCAAGGUGAUCCCGCGAAGCUACGAGCUGCGGAGCUGAGCCUGAGGCACCUCAAGGGGACACUCAACGGCUUAGCACUCUCCCUCUUCGGUCCGCGUCAUGCCGCUUCCUCAUCCACGGGCUCCGACGAGCCUCUCCGAGUCCGGUGGAUCCCCGCAACCUUCCCUUUCACCUCGCCCAGCUACGAAGUCGAGGUAUGGUACAGAGGCGCCUGGCUCGAGAUUCUCGGCUGCGGUGUCGUUAUGCAGCGUACACUUGAUGGUGCCGGGGAAGCGGGCAAAGGCAAGCUGGGCUGGGCUUUUGGACUGGGCUUGGAGAGAAUCGCCAUGGUCCUUUACAGUAUUCCGGAUAUCAGGCUCUUUUGGUCUAGGGAUGAGAGGUUCUUGAGACAGUUUCGUGUUGCCGAGGAGGGUCAAGUUGGGAAGCUGAGGGGCGAUGUCAAGGGAUCAGCUGGGGGAUUGAGCAAGAAGCGGGAAAAGCUCAUCACAUUCGAGCCCUUCUCACGAUACCCGCCUUGCUACAAAGAUGUCUCCUUCUGGACCACAAGCAGCAAGACGUCGUGGCACGAAAAUGACCUCAUGGAGCUCAUCCGAGAAGAGACUUCACCUUCCUCUGUUGAGGCGACAACGGCAUCGGAUGGCUCUUUGGUCGAAUCUGUCAGCCUCAUCGACUCGUUCGUCCACCCAAAGACGGGAAGAGAGUCGCGCUGCUACCGUCUCAACUACCGCAGCAUGGAGCGCAGCCUUUCCAACGCCGAAGUCAAUGAGGUUCAUGAAAGGGUGGUCGAAAGGAUGAAGAGAGACCUGGGGAUUGAAGUGAGAUAG